AUGGAUGGAAACGGCGACUUUUUGCCUCAUAUCCGGCUGGCCAAAGAUCUGAUGGAAGCGAGGAGGUACGAUUCGCGGGUGAGGCCGGUGAUGGACCACGCAUCGUCAACAAAAGUCUACUUUUCAAUGUCACUCUAUCAGAUACUUUCUGUGAACGAAAAGCAGCAAAGCAUUGACCUAAACGUCUGGGUCAUCCAGAAAUGGAAGGACGACUUUUUGGGGUGGAAUCCGAAUCUGUACGGCGGCAUCAACGUGACAAUUCUACCGUACCACGCCGUCUGGUUGCCCGAUACGUAUAUUUAUAACAGCGUGGUGAUGAACCGCGAGGAGACGGAGCGCUACAUAAACGUCGUGCUCACCUCAAAUUACUACAAGGGCGAGCGGGGCUCCGAGAUUAAAUUCAUGUAUCCGGCAUUGUAUCGCACCAGCUGCCAGCUUGAUAUAAGAUUCUUCCCCUAUGAUCAGCAAAAUUGCACGAUCGUCAUCUCCUCGUGGACCUCGUCGAAAUCGAGCAUAGACUACUAUCCGGAGGAGACGGAAGUCAGUCUCCUCCAUUAUAUUCCGAACGAGGAAUGGGUGGUCGUGUCUUUUAAGAUUGACAGAUUGGAGAAAAGCUUCCCGUGCUGCCCAGAGCCUUGGGUGCUUCUGCAUGCCCAUUUGGUAAUCCGGAGAAAGCCGCUGUACUACAUCGUGAACCUGGUCAUCCCCACCUCGGUCAUCACCAUGGUCGCUGUCACGGGCUUCUUCACAGCGGCUUCCACAUCCUCUGAACGUCGUGAGAAGCUCUCACUGGGUAUCGAUUCUCUUCUGGCCAUGUCAAUUCUGAUGAUGAUGGUCUCCGAGCAGAUGCCCACCACCUCAGAUUAUGUGCCGUUGUUUGGCCUCUUCUACUUGACGAUCAUUUUUGUCAUCUUUCUCGGCACGCUCUUCACCGCCUUCAUUCUUAAUAUACAUCUUCAGAAAAUGUACUCUCGGCCCAUCUCCCCGAUCGUCACUUGGUUCUUCUUCCACAAAAUUGCCAAAUGGCUCAGUAUACGGCCUCCGACCACCUUGGUCGAGCUGUGGGCGGAUACUGGUGUCCGGAUAGACGGGGUCAAACCCAAGCCCAAGCCAAGCUACAAUCGGCAUGCUAAUAACAAUGCCGCGGUAGCGGAUCGUCUGAUCAAGCAAGUCGCCACCACCCCGGCAUCGCCAAUACGAAAACAGGCGCCUGGGACGGCUAGGAUUCCGCACUCGUCUGACCAGCCUACCGUAUACCGCGACUACGAGUCACAACUCUUCCCGAAGGACCUCGGCCGGGAUACGGUCAUUGACACCCACAUCCCGGAGGCCAUCAACCCUCCA